AUGAUGAUGGAGCCGGUGACCCGGCUUCCGUCCAGUACUGCUGCCCCAUAUCCGGCUGGCACUGUGCGGAUUAUAUCUAGCUCCUAUGCGACGCCAGGCAUGCACGCAUAUCAGCCGAGAGCGGUGCCGUUCCCAUCCAUGCCGGCUGGUUCCAUCUACGCACAAGGACUCCCUCCGGCCCAGGGCUGCUGCGUGGCUGCAGGUCAGGCAACCGCCGCCAGGCAGUUGCCGCCCGAGCUUGUCUCGAGCCCCCCAUUGCCCCCCGUUCAGUCGGCACACUACACAAUGCAAUGUGGGGCUCCUUCUCAAUGGCAAUCCUCUUCUCAUGCAGUGUCGCCUUUGAGUAUGGCUUCGCCGGUUGCAGCAACACCAGCAGUUCCAUCGCAAGGCAGCCCGUUGUCCUUGUCCGCCCCCUGCAGCCGGUCUCCGGCGGCUCCGGCGGCUCCGGCCCUGGUGGCGGAACCGGAGGUGGCAGCGGAGCCGUCGGAGCCAGCAGCAUCUCGCGAUGAUGUACAUGCCUCUGGUGAGGCUUUGACCAACUUUCACAUGCCGCAGACAUCGCAGCAGCCAAAGAAGAAGGGCAAAGCUCAAAAAGACAAGAAGCGUUGCGCAUGUUGCAACUAG